CUUGGAUCAUCCAUGGCUGCCCAUUUCUCUUUCUCUUUCCCAUCACACAUAGCUUGCCACUUAUAAUCCCUCUACAUCCGCCCUCAGCCACACCCAGCCUCAAGAAACCUCCUCUUCACUGGUAUAGGCAACACAGGAAACACACUCCGCCAUGUCUGCCACAGGCGAGGACACUUCCACCGCCUCCACCUCUUCCUUCGUCACAGCCCUUGUUGCGGCUUGUAUCACCGUCGGAGCCUUCUCAUUGGUAUGGCUUGUGCUUCACGGUCGCAAGAACCUGAGGGGUGUUUUCUCUCCUCGAACAUACCUCGCGCCUGAGGGUAAGAGGCCCGAGCCCUUACCGGCAGGGAUAAUCGCGUUCUGGAAAGCGCUGUUUUCAACACCAGACAAGGAGCUCAUCGUCUCCAACGGUCCCGAUGCCUACUUCUACAUCCGAUACCUCAAGGUCUUUGGUCUCCAGAUGCUGCUCCCCUACGUCGUUCUUACAUGCGCCGUCUGUAUCCCGGUCUCUGUCAUCACCCCCAACUCUGGCAAGGAUGGUCUCAAUAUGUUGACUUUCGGUAACGUCGCCGACACCAAGCAGAUUCGCCAUGUAGCCCACUUUCUUGUCGCCAUUAUCCUGAUCGUCUGGACAAUCUUCCUAAUCUUUAGGGAGUACAACCACCUGGUCCAGGUCCGACAAGCUUGGAUGACCUCUCCCCAGCACUUGACUCUUGCUCGUGCCCGAACUGUCGCCAUUACCAACGUCCCUGACGCCAUCAACAAUGUUGCUGGCAUCAAGGAGCUUGCUGGUACUGUUGCCCACAUUGACAGCACUGGCGGCUCUGGCACCAACCUUUUGGCCAAUGUCAACCCCUUUGGCCGUCAGUCUACUGCUACCGAGGGCACCGCUGUCAACGAGACCGAUGGUGUCAGGCAGGUUUGGCUUGUCCGCAAGUGCAAGGACGCUGAGAAGAUCUGGAGCGAGCGUGACGCCGAGUGUGCUAGACUCGAAGGUGGUGUUUCCAAGCUUCAGAAGCUUGCUGCCAAGAACGUUCGAAAGCACAAGACUCCCGAAGAGACUGGCAAGCUUGACACUGAAAACUCUGCUGGCGACCUCAUCGACAAGUAUAUCCUCCCCAAGAAGCGUCCAUCCUGGAAGCAGGGUCUCCUCGGCCUCAUCGGCAAAAAGCAGACUCUUGAAACCUCUCCCGAAUACAUCAACGAGCACAACAUCAAGCUUGACGAGCUUCGAAGCGACAUUGCCUCUCUUCCCCAGGGUAACACCGUCUUUGUUCGAUUCGCUUCUCAACACGAGGCCCACACCUUUGCCAGGCUCGCUGGCAAGACUGGCAAGAGCAACCAGCACAUCCGUGGUGGUGUCGAGGUUGUUCCCGAGGACAUUGAAUGGGGCAACACUUCCAUGAGCCCUUGGCAGCGAUACGGUCGAAGCGUCGUCUCUUGGGCCCUCACCAUUGGGUUGAUCAUUGUCUGGGCUAUCCCUGUUGCUUUCGUUGGUAUGGUUUCAAAUGUCGACGCUCUUUGUCAGACAGCUUCCUGGCUGGCUUGGAUCUGUGAUCUUCCCGACCCCGCUCUCGGUAUCAUCAAGGGUGUCCUCCCCCCUGCUUUGCUUGCUGUGCUCUUUAUGCUCUUGCCCAUUGUCCUCCGAUUAAUGGUCAAGAUGCAGGGUGAAGUCCGAAAGACCGACAUCGAACUGAAGCUUUUCACUCGAUUCUGGCUUUUCCAGGUCAUCCACGGUUUCCUCAUCGUCACUCUUGCCUCCGGUCUCAUCACCGCCCUCAGUACAAUCAAUGGCGACACCGUCAAGGAACUUCCUACCCUGCUUUCCACCAAGCUUCCCGACGCUUCCAUCUUCUUCCUCACCUACAUUCUUACCGCAACCUUCACUGGUGCUGCCAAGACCUACGCUCGAGUCGUGCCCGUCAUCAUGUACGCUCUUCGAGGUAUCUUGGCUGGUAACACCCCCCGAAAGGUUUACGCCAAGAAGUUCAAGAUGGACAGCUUGGCUUGGGCUACCGCUUUCCCUCCCACCUGUCUCCUUAUCUGUAUCACAAUUGUCUACUCUGUGAUCCAGCCCAUCAUCACUGUCCUUGCUUUCUUCGCCAUGAUCCUCCUUUACCUCGCCAACAAGUUUAUUCUUCAUUGGUGUGCCGACCAGGCCGACGCCUCUGAGACUGGUGGUUUGUUCUACGUCAGGGCUCUCAGGACUGUCUUUGUGUCUCUCUACAUUGAGGAGAUCUGCUUGAUGGGUCUCUUCUUCUUGUCUAGCGAUGAGAACGGUGACCGAUCGACUACUGGUUUGGUUUGCGGUGCCAUCAUGGUGAGUAUAGUGACUGCAUUCAACAAACUCUGCUGACAUUACACUCCAGGCUGCUACCCUUGCCCUCACCGCCAUCUUCCAGGCCUACAUUGACCACUUCCGAUUCAAGAAGGACUUUGUCUACUACGUCCACUCCACCGAGACCUCCUCCAAGUCCGAGUUCAUCGAGCCCAAGGUCGGCGCUGUCAAGGCUUCUCCUUCCGAGGAGUACGCCAACGCCGGCCCCGAGUUUGGCAACACCUCUGGCUUCCACGCCAACGCCUUUGACAACCCCGCUCUUUGGAAGAAGCAGCCCACUAUCUGGGUUGCCGAGGACCCUCUUGGUCUGGGUGCGCAACAGGUGCAGCAGAUCCAGUCCAAGGGUGUGGACGCCAGUCUGGACUUUGCUGUCAUGAAUGAGAAGGGUGUUAUCGAGGUCGACAGGAGUGCUCCUGAUGAGGCUUGGUACGGUGGCCACAGCAACUAAGGGUUUAGUUGAUGUGCUCUUAAUCAUAUAAUACACGGUAGAUACCCUAAACGGAGAUAUACCCAGUAGAGUCAGAUGGAUCGAGAGAGAAGAAGUUCACAUUUCAUACACGGUAUCUAAUAGGACUUAUGAGUCCUAUGUUUUAUAUUACAUCUUUAUAGCUUGCUUCGGUAUGAAUAUCA